UCAACAUUAACUCUUGUCGAAGUGUUAACAAUGCUAGCCAAAGAUGUUUGAUUUGAUAUAUUAUUUGUUUACAGUGUUAUAAAUUGCUGAAUGGAAGGCCACAAGGACAUUAUGACUGUGUAAAAUGACGAUCGGUCGUAUACUAAGAUAAAGGGAAUUAUACAUCGUUAGAGGGACAAUCAAAGAGGAAGGAGCUUUCACACUAGCCAGAGUGGUUUCAUGGAUUGGGAAAAGUUAAAAAUGAAUACAGUAUGAUAAAGCAGGGAGUUGUACAGGAAAAAAUAUCGGAUCUCACGUCCAUGAACCAUUUACCUCCCCUUAGCACUCUACCUCAGUGGUCACGCAUCAACACACUUGACAGGGGACGCUACCCAAAACCUUUUGUACGAGAUAAAAUUCACUUAUACCCUGAGAUGUCAAAGAAGGAGGAAGGAGAGGAGAACAGGGAGGUGGAUCUAUUGGAGAUGGAUCCCAAGCAGAGGAUCCAACAUCUGGAGCGGAACAUGAUGUUUCUGAAGCAGCAGCAUCAAGAAGUUCUGCAUUCUCUCCAUGCAGAAAUAGAGGGGCUCAAAAAGGAAAACAAAGACCUUCAAUUCAAAAUUAUUAUGAGUCAAAAAAGUCAACAACAACAGCAGCAACUCCAAACAGCCGACAAAAGGAGUGCCAGUAGUCAGCAGAGUGCGAAGGAUAGGUCCGCACAGAAUGAGUUGGUGUCACGAGGAUUAGACAAAGAAUAUUCUUCCACUUCUUUGUUUUCUCAAACCCUUGAAUACAAUAGCUCAGCAGGUCGAUCCAGGGAGGACAGAAUUGACGAGUUGAAGGUGAUUUUUUUGGAGGAGGAAAUCAAAGAACUGAAGCAUGCUUUGAGGGAAUCCAGAAAUCGCAAUAAUUAUCUGUCUCAGCUUCUGGAACAGGCAGAAGAUGUCAAGAAAAAACAACAAGCUCGGAUAGACAUGUUACAACAGCAGGUGUCACAGGGAGGUGGGGCACUAGCGGAACAGAUCGCUGCCGGGAGUUUGAACCCCUUCAGCAAUCAAGUCCGACCCCCAACACUCGCUGAAUGUGAGGCCAUCAUUAAACAUCUACAGAAAGUCAAUGAAAAUCAAGCUCAUGAGCUUGACAGUUUAAAAUCCGAUUUAAGAGAUGUGCUGUAUUCUCAUAAAUGGACGCCUGAUGCCUACCUUCUUGCCAAGGCUUACAUUGCAGAAGAUGAUGCAAAGACAGAAAAAACUUUGCCUAAAGUCGCACUAAAAAAUCCCUCCAGGAAACUCCCUGAGGUAGCAUAUGUGAACAGAGAGACCGUCACCCUCCCAGCUCUAAAACAGACUGUCAGUAACCAAAAUGUAGAGCGAAGGAAACGCACUCAAAUUCUCCAGAAGGCUCGGCUAAGGAAAGAAGUCAUUCCUUAAAGCAUUUAUCAUAUUGAUUUUUCUUUAAGACAACAUAUAAUUUUUCCCUUGAGUGUGUGAUAUCCUGAACUUCUAUAAAGGAAACAUGUUGUGUUCUCAGCAUUGAAAAUGAACAUGGAAGAUUUAGACAGAGUUAGGGCACAUCAUUAUUCCUCUCUCCACUUAUAAAUCAAUCUAGUGAUGCAACAAUUACAUGUAUCUACCCUAGGUAAUAAAUAAUGCAACACAUGGUACUUGUACCUCAAUUCACUGUGUUUUGAAAUGUACAAUACUAAGUUAAGAUACCUUGUAACUUCCUUUCUUUGUUUUUGCCUGGAUGUAAUCAGUGAUCUCAGACUUUCGAUACAGAAAUGACCUACAAGAUAUACAGAAGAUGGUGUUUCCUUGCAUUAUUGUGUUCUAUUUGUGAAAUUGUGAAAAUGAGAAGUACAUGUAUAUAUACUGAUAAAUUCAUUUGUACAUGAUGUAGAAUGUAUAACUGCGUGCACCUUAAGAAUACAUUUUGUACGUGUAAUAUGUAUGUACAUGUGUGCGUUACUGUACUCUAGGUGCUUUCUAAAAAUAAUUUUUAAAAGUGCGCUGUGAACAUACUGUAUACAGGGAAAUAUUCACCCUAAUAUUAUUUUUUCGCCCAUUUGGCCGACGUUGUCAGCAGGCUAAUUUAAGACAUAAGUGAAUCCCUAGUUUCAAACUAUCGAUCUUUCUUAAGAUGGGGCGAAACCCUUUGCAAUUGAUAAAGGUCGGAAAUAACUCGAGGACGAAAAUAACCAUGUAUACAUGGGUUCAUAAUGCUAGCUUCAAUCCUGGAAAUGUAUAAUUAUGUACUAGAAAAGUCAGAUGACAAUUAAUUGAUGGAAAGUACCGUAAUCCUCAUAUGGAGCCCCAAGAAAUAUUUAUGAUAUUACAGUAUUUUACUAAAAUUCUUAUCUAGAGGAGAAAUAAUCUAGUUUGGGCCUACAAUGCACAAGGAAUAAUUUGUUUGGGAGAAACUGUAUUGUAGGAUGCAAAAUUUAAUUAAGGCAUUUUUUCAAUGUACUGGUAAUUGAUCUACAAAUACAUAUUCAAUAAUAUUUUAGCAAAAGUGAAAGCAAAACCUGUGGUAUAAUCAAAGUAUUAUGACACAAAACUUAUUAGCACAGAUUUUAAGGCAAUCAAAAUCUUUCUUAAGCUCUGCAUACACAAAUCAAAAUUUUGGAAUUUCGAAACAAAAGAUUUAAACGUAUACAGUAGCAGUGCAAUAACAAACUUUUAAUAUUUAUAUGAUGGAAUAGUAAUAAUUUUUUUUUGGUAUUUCUUAUUAUAUUUACAGUAUGUAGUACACUGAGUUCAUUAAAUUGAUGAGACAGAGAAUUUCAGAUAGAGUAAGAAGUAAUUUGAAGUAGUUUAUUAAAGUGGCAAGACAAAUACUGUAUAUUGGUUAAUUUUGUUGCAGGGAUUAUUUCACCAUUAAUGUAUUGACCAUUCUUGAAAUUUUAUAGAGAUUUAUUAAAAUAUUGGACAGGUGCUGUAUAUUAUGGUGGAAUUUAAAAUUUUUGGUCAAUGAAAAUGAAAAAAUUAACAGAAAAAAAUGGACAAUUUUUAAAAAAAAAAUUCAUAAAUAAAACAUUUAUAAUGUUUGUUUGAUAUACGAUAUUACUUAGGAUGUUUGUAAUUGAUUAGGCAUUUUUUGUGUUAUUUCCAGAUGUUAGCACACAGUUAAUUUAUGUAUCCUAAUUGAUGAUAAUUGCAUGUACUAAACAUGUAUUUAUAAAUGAAAAAUCACAGUUGGUCAGAUAUACAUGUAUAUAUAUAUAUACUGUAGAUUCCUUAUUCAGCGCAAGGAAUUAAUUAGUAUUUGUGGAAAAUUGCGAGAAACAACCCUCACAUGUUUUAAAAUCUCACUUUUAUUUUUUUUCCAGACGUCUUUGAAUUCUAUAAAAUUAUAACCAAAAAAAAAAAAAGGGCGUCAUGAUUUUAUAUAUUCCUGCAAUUCAAUACAAAACAGCGGAAUCAGGGAAUUAAUAAGUACUCGCAUAAAAUAAGGAAUUUACAGUAAAUAGAAACUGAAAAAAAACUGUUACAAAAUGUUUAUAUUCUGUCAAUGAGAGGAAUUAUAUUUUGUACAUACUUAGUACAAUCACGAAUUUUGAUAUUAUGGUACAUUCGUGCCAUACAUUAGACUGUUUUAUAGGUAUUUUUAAUUUUUAUGAAAAAAAAAAUUAUUUUAAAAUUUUAUUUCUCAAUAUUUUUUAAUUUGUAGCUACGUUUAUUUUGUACAUCAAGGUCUAUACUUUUAUCAAUUUAAUUCUUAAUCAAAAUUACUUUUUGACAUUUUCUUUUAUUAGACAGUAGAUGUAUAAAUUAUUGUACAUGUACUUUCUUAAAUUUGUUCCUCAUAUUUCUUCUGUUUUUAAAUCAAAAUAUACAUGUUGUCUAUCUAAAACUUGAUCUUUUUAAAAUCAUUUGCUUAUUUUUUCCUCUUGUUCCAAAACAUCUGAAGUGUACUCGUAUACACAAACAUUGGUUAUUGUUUGAAAUUAGGAAGGAAGCAGAUUUUAAACAGUAAAAAUAAAUUGUUACAACAAAUAAAUGUUUGUACAAAUUAA